CCACGUCAUCCGGAUAAUUUACCGUCCGCAUUACGAUUGUUAGAAAAACCCGGCGAAGAUCACAUGCGAAGAAGAAACCUUUUCUCAUCUCAAAUACUAAGUAGAAUUUAAUUAACAAGUAAAGGAUGCCGACUCUAGGGUACUGGAAAAUAAGAGGCCUAGCACAGCCAGUUAGAUUGUUACAGAACUAUGCUGGAGAAGACUUUGAAGAUGUCCAAUAUGAACAAGGAGAUGGUCCAGAAUUCAGCAGAGAGUGCUGGACCUCUGUCAAGAACACAUUAGGACUUCCUUUCCCAAAUCUACCAUAUUACAUAGAUGGUGACAUUAAAAUCACACAGAGUAACUCAAUCCUAAGAUACAUUGCCAAGAAACAUGACUUGUUGGGCAAGACGACACAAGAAGUAGUUGAUUGUGAUGUAAUGUUAGAGAAUGCCAUGGACUUCAGAAAUGGGACUGUUAGAUUAGCUUACAAUAGUGACUAUGAAAAAUUAAAAGAAGACUACUUCAAAAAUUUGCAGCCAAUGCUGGAAAAAUUUGAAAAUUUUCUUGGAAAUAAGAACUUUUUUACUGGAGCUAAUGUUACUGUUUGUGACUUUCCAAUGUAUGAAUUGUUAGACCAGCACAAAAUAAUGAAGCCAGGAAUCCUAGAUCCAUACCCAAAGUUGUCUGCCUUUGUUGGAAGAUUUGAAGCACUUCCUGCCAUAAAGAAGUACAUGUCUUCUGAUAAGUUCAUGAAAAGACCAAUCAACAACAAGUCCGCAAGCUUUAAAUAGAUUUCACAAUGUGUAAUGAACAUUGAUAUCGGUGAACAUAGUAUAGAUUGAAUAAGUGUUUAUGUAUUGAUAGUGCUAUUUCAAAAUAUAAUGUAGAUAAAGUCUUAAAGGUAUUGGGAAAAAUGUGUUAAUUGGUUUACUCCAACCUCUAAUUGACCAGGCUUUAUAGAAUACAGAGAAUUUUUGAAAAGUGUACUUGUAAAAAUGUUAAGUUACUUUUUCAAUGCAGUAUGUUAAGAUGAAUUACAGAUCAAAGUUUUGUUGUGGGUAACCUACUUUUAAUAGGUCAUUGCAUCUAACAAGUUUUAAUGCUAUUGUUUGUUAUUAGAAUUUUGUAUUGAGUUGUAUGAUGAGGAGUUGCAGGUCAAGUGUUCAUGUUGUUUUCUUUGACAAAAUUUUAGUCAUUGUUCACAUCUUCAUGAUGCCUUCAGUGGGUUGGGAAUUUGUAGGGGAAGCCAUACAUGUUGUACCCUAUUCAUCAACACUGUAAUAUUAUUAUUAUCUCUGGUGUACCAAUUAUUUUAAGACUUUGUUGUUCAUAAAAACUAUUUGACAAAUUAUGCAUAAAUGCCUAUAGGAGAUUUUUAUUUUGUUGUACACUAAAGUCAUAGUUUACCACUCACUGUACACAGGAAACCAUCGAAAAUAAGUAUCGCACGAAUUUCCACAGUAUUCUGGAAACAUUUUAUAAUGUCAUUUUUUGUAUGUUUUAUUGACAGCUUUAUUUAAAUUGUAUUAUUAUACAUGAUGUAAAUUGUUUGGUGUAUCUGUCACAGUACAGAAAGAUUAAGGGUUAGUAAAACUCUCAAAUAUAUCACACCAUGUUUUCGUUAGAAAUUUCAAUUUUGUUGAGAAACAUUUAAUUUUUUUAAAGUCAUUUUAGACUCACCUCAACAAAGUCUCAGAGAAAGACUUACUGGUUUGCCCUUAGAGCUUUCAAUUAUUGUUCAGCAUUUAAAAUAUUAUCUUUUUUCAAUAAACAUUGAAAUUAUACAACAGUCUCAGUUACGGUGACAUAGUCCUCAAAAUAUCUAUGUUAGGUUAUUGUGAGAAUAUCUGUGGUUUGUAUAACAAUGUUAAUGUUUAUAUUAUUGUAUGUGUUAUGAGUUUGACUUUAAAUGCAUAAUUGCAGGUCCUCAUAGAAUUUUCUUUCAUUGGUAUUGUGGGGUAAGAUCUGACAAAAUGGUCCUGUUUAACUUUUGCAAACCUGUUUUUUUUUUCAUUUUACAAUACAUGUAUUGGAAUGUUAACAAUUUUACAACAUACAAUGUCCAACCAUAAAUUUCAAAAAUUCUGCAUUUAUUUUUUGCAAUAAAUAGAUAUAGCUUUGAUAUGAUUAUUACAUUCCAUAUUUUGACAUACUAGUUUUAAGUAUUUGUUAUGAAUUCUAUACAAAAUUAAAGAUGUUAUAAAAUCUGUACUUUUUUAUGCUAGAUAUUUAGAUGAUACUUUUUAAUCCUGACAUGUUUAUCCAGUUUUAUUGUACUAGACUUUAUAUUAUAGAUUUAAAAAAAAAAGAUAAUGGAAACUCAUUGGUAUUAAAAUAGAAAAUAAACAUCAUUUUCACUA